GGGAUCCAGAGUUUAAUCCAGAGUUUGUGCGUCUGAAAUCAUCUGCAGCGGCCGGUCUCUGUGCCUGGGUCAUUAACAUCAUACGCUUCCACGAGUAUAUUUUUCUGCUUCUCUCCUCUAUGCUGCUCUUUCCAGACAUAUGUGUUCUGUGAGGUGGAGGUGAAAAGGAUGUGUCUGGCUCAGGCAAACACUGAUCUGGCCGAGGCUGCAGAAAAAUUAGAGAUUAUCAGAAAGAAGCUGGCUGAGUUGGAUGGUAGUUUGGACACACUGAAAGCUGCCUUUGAAAAAGCAACCUCGGAGAAACUCCGUUGUCAGGAUGAGGUGAACCACACCAACACCACCAUCCAACUGGCCAACCGCCUGGUCAAGGGUUUAGAGUCAGAGAACGUACGCUGGGCUCACUCUGUGGCUCAGUACCGUGAGCAGGAAUCCACACUGUGUGGAGACGUUCUCCUCACGGCAGCCUUCAUCUCUUACGCUGGCUCCUUCUCAAAGAGAUACAGACAUGAGUUACUUCAUAACCUCUGGAUGCCUUACCUCCGUGCCCAGAAGGCACCCAUUCCAAUGACUGAGGGCUUAGAUCCCAUCUCCAUGUUAACAGAUGGUGCUACCAUUGCUCAGUGGAAUAAUGAGGGUUUGCCAGGUGAUAAGAUAUCUACUCAGAAUGCAACUAUACUGACUAACUGUGAGCGCUGGCCUCUGCUCAUUGACCCCCAGCUGCAGGGCAUCAAGUGGCUCAAGAGUCGCUAUGGCAACAGCCUGAAGGUCAUUAACCUCAGCCAGAAGGGGUAUGUGGAUGUGAUUGAACAGGCCGUAGUCUCAGGAGAGCCUGUGUUGAUUGAGAAUAUGGAAGAGACAAUUGAACCAGUUAUUGAUCCACUGCUGGGCCGACACACCAUCAAGAAGGGCAGAUGUAUUAAAGUGGGGGACAAGGAAUGUUAUUUCCAUCCAGACUUCAGACUGAUUCUGCACACUAAGCUGGCAAACCCACACUAUAAACCUGAGAUCCAGGCUCAGACCACUCUCAUCAACUUCACUGUCACACGGGACGGGCUCGAGGACCAGCUGCUCGCAGAGGUGGUCAACCUGGAGAGACCAGACCUCGAACAUCUCAAGUCAGAGCUGACUAAACAGCAGAACACAUUUAAAAUCGAACUAAAGCAGCUUGAGGAUGAGUUACUGACGCGCCUCUUCGCAGCUGAGAGUAAAUUCUUGGGAGACAAUGUUCUGGUGGAGAAACUGGAGAGCACUAAACACACAGCCGCAGAGAUUGAGAUGAAGGUGUUGGAAGCGAAGGUUAAUGAGGUGAAGAUUAACGAGGCUCGUGAACACUACCGGCCCGUGGCUGUCAGAGCGUCCCUCCUCUACUUCAUCAUCAAUGACCUUAACAAGAUCAACCCCAUGUACCAGUUCUCCCUUAAGGCAUUUAACGUUGUGUUCCAUAAGGCUGUGCAGAAUGCAGAUGCCUCACCUGAUGUAAAAACCCGUGUGAACACGCUGAUAGAUUGUAUCACCUUCUCUACAUUUAAUUACAUCAACAGAGGCUUGUUUGAGAGAGACAAGCUCACCUUCGCAGCACAGCUUACCUUUCAGUUGCUGUUAAUGAGUAAAGAGUUGGAUCCUCGAGAACUGGACUUUCUGCUACGCUUCAACAUUGAUCACAGUUAUGUCAGUCCACUCGACUUCCUGUCCAACUCCACUUGGAGCGCUGUUAAAACAAUGGGCUUCACCGAUGAGUUCCGUGGUCUGGACCGGGACAUCGAGGGUUCUCCCAAACGCUGGAAGAAAGUGGUGGAGUCAGAGUGUCCAGAGAAAGAGAAACUCCCUCAGGAAUGGAAAAACAAGACUUCGCUCCAGAAACUCAUCCUUAUGAGGGCUCUCCGGCCUGACCGGAUGACAUACGCUGUCCGGAACUUUGUUGAAGAGAAACUAGGUGUACAGUACACCGAGGGCAGGAAGAUGGAGUUUGCACGUUCAUUCAAAGAGUGUGGUCCUGCUUCCCCCGUUUUCUUCAUCUUGUCCCCUGGAGUAGACCCCCUAAAAGAUGUCGAGUCCCUUGGUAAGAAGCUUGGUUUCACUAUAGACCUGGGAAAGCUCCAUAAUGUGUCUCUAGGACAGGGCCAGGAGUCAGUUGCUGAACUUGCCAUGGAAAAAGCCUCUAAAGAGGGCCACUGGGUCAUUUUACAGAACAUUCACCUGGUGGCAAAGUGGCUGGGAAGUUUAGAAAAGCUUCUCGAACAUUGCUGCGUGAACAGUCACCAAGACUACCGAGUGUUCAUGAGUGCAGAACCUUCUCCCACUCCACAGGAACACAUCAUUCCUCAGGGAAUUCUAGAAAACUCCAUCAAAAUUACUAAUGAGCCACCCACAGGGAUGCUGGCCAACCUCCAUGCUGCGCUGGACAACUUUGAUCAGGGCAUUCUGGACCAGUGUUCCCGUGAACAGGAGUUUAAGACCAUCCUGUUCUCGCUGUGUUAUUUCCAUGCUUGUGUGGCUGAAAGGAGGAAGUUUGGACCACAGGGGUGGAACAGGAAGUACCCUUUUAACACAGGAGAUCUCACCAUAUCAGUGAAUGUGCUCUACAACUACCUAGAAGCCAACUCACAGGUACCAUGGGAAGACCUUCGUUACCUGUUUGGUGAGAUCAUGUAUGGAGGUCACAUUACUGAUGAUUGGGACAGGAGACUUUGCAGAACUUACCUGGAAGAGUACAUGCAACCUAACCAGUUUGACAGGAAGUUGUCACUGGGUCCAGGAUUUGUUGUGCCUUCUAACCUGGAUUACCAGGGUUAUCAUGCAUACGUAGAUGAGAUGCUGCCACACGAAAGCCCAGUGCAUUAUGGGCUGCAUCCAAACGCUGAGAUCGAUUUUCUUACAGUGACAUCAGACAGCCUCUUCCACACUCUUUUGGAGCUGCAGUCCAGAGACUCCAACAUGGGUGAAGGAGCCUCACAGACCACUGAAGAGAAGGUGAAGACAAUCUUGGAUGACAUCCUGGAAAAACUGCCAGAAGAGUACAACAUGUCUGACAUCACGUCCAAAACAGCUGAACGCUCGCCCUACAUUCUGGUCUGUUUCCAGGAGUGUGAGCGUAUGAACAUUCUCCUCAAAGAAAUAAGACGCUCGCUCAAAGAGCUGGACCUGGGGCUAAAGGGAGAGCUGGCUAUUUCAUCAGAGAUGGAGCAGAUACAGACAGCUCUGUUUUUUGAUAAUGUUCCAGAUACCUGGGCCAAGCUGGCCUACCCCUCUAUAUACAGCCUUGGUCUGUGGUAUAAUGAUGUGUUACUCCGCUGUAGAGAGUUAGAUAGCUGGACUCACGAUCUCUCUCUGCCUAGUGUGGUCUGGAUCUCUGGUUUAUUUAACCCUCAGUCUUUUCUAACAGCUGUGAUGCAGAGUUUGGCACGUAAGAAUGAAUGGCCACUGGACAAGAUGAAUUUGACUGUGGAUGUGACCAAGAAGUUCAAAGAGGAGUUUAACCAGCCAGCCAGAGAGGGAGCCUACAUCUAUGGGCUUUACAUGGAGGGUGCAAGAUGGGAUAUUCAAGGUGGGACAAUUGCAGAAGCACGCCUGAAGGAACUAACCCCCAGCAUGCCUGUUAUAGCUGUCCGAGCCAUCCCAAACGACCGACAGGAGACGCGCAAUACCUACGAAUGCCCCGUCUAUAAAACCAAACUACGUGCUAACACAUAUAUCUGGACUUUCAGCCUGAAGACCAGAGAGAGGCCUGCAAAAUGGGUUCUGGCAGGGGUCGCUCUGCUGCUUAGUGUGUGACGCAGAGAAACACACUCAGAAUUGUGCACUGAAAUAAUACAGUUUUUAGCCUUAUUUGAGCUAUAACAGCAAAUUAAGUGUAUUAUACUUUAGGUAUGAAGUGAGGUCCAAAUAUCAGGACAUUGUAAAUUUAGAAAUAAAAGCUAAAAAGUGCUUUUUCAGGGUUUCUGCAGAUCUCAAAGUCUUAAAUUAUAGCAGAAAGUAAAUCUUUAAUAAUGUCCUGGAAUUAACUCUUGCAUGCAUUGCAAAAAAUGCUUAUCUUCCUCAGUAUUUUAGGUUUCUAAUACAAUAUCUAAACAUCAAAACAUUACAAAAAUAUACAAUUUCUACAAAUAAACUAAAUUAAAUAAGCCUAAAUCAAGAACAAAUAUCUGUCUGUGGGGUAUAAAAUUUGUUUUCCCCUAGUAGAAUUUUUUCUGAGCUCACUGACACAUUUGUUCUCAUUUGAAUCAUUAAAGUUCAUUCUUAUUUAAUGUCAUUUUGCUUCUUAAGUAAAUGUAACAUGAUUUAAGAAUCUUUAGAUUUUUGCACUGGAAAACAAGACAAAAUUACUGUAGAAGCACAUUACCUUUUGCAGUGUGAUCAGAAGGAACCGUCAUUUUUUUUCAUAUUCUUAGUAACUCAUUGUCUGCAACUGAGAUUUACAUUGUGUUCCCUUCAAUCGAAGGGUCUCAAAAAAGAAAAAAGUCUUCAAUUUAGCUUCAUCAAACCUGCAGAAACUGUUUUUCCAUAAAUAAAAUUUGUGCAAC